GGGGAGCACACACUUUUGCAUAACGCAUAAUGCAUAAGGAAAUGAGCCAAUCAGAAUCUCUUAUUUUUAUCCCCACUCUUCGUUCCGAGGAGCUUGCAUUGUGCAUAAAACAUAAUGCAUAAGGGGUCGAAAAAUACGUAAGAAUGAAUUUUUAUGGUUAUGGAUUGUGCGAAGAGACGUGUUGCGUGCUGCGUACUACAUACAACAAACUACGUUUCCAACCUUUCUAACCUUUUCGCAAUAUUCUAUGAAGGAAAAUGGAUCAUGAUUCAUAUCAUUAUGCUUCGUCAUAUCAAGACGAGGACGAAGAUUUUGAUUAUGGGAAUAAAAAUGAAAUGAGCGGAGAUGCUUUGCUGAUCUCUUUAGUUCGUGAUUAUCCUUAUUUAUAUAAUAAGGAGUUGACUGAUUUUAAAGAUAGCCUCAAAAAACAGAAUGCUUGGGUAGAAAUAGCAAGUGUCAUGGAUAUGACAGUGGAAGAUUGUCAAUCUAGAUGGAUGCGACUGAGGGAACGCUAUUCACGUGAAAAAAAACAACAAGAAGAAACAACCACCGGAAGUGGAGCAUCAAAAAGAAAAACAUUUGAAUUUUUUGACAAUAUGCAAUUCCUAAAACGAUUUGUUAAAAGGAGAAAAACGAUGACCAACAUAUACAAGAUGAAAAACAAAAGUGUAUCUCCGGUAAUAGGAUCUUCAAAUCUACAAAAGAAUUUUGACUCACACGAUGAAAAAGGAAAUAAUUCAUCUUCUCAAAAUGUGGCUACUUUAAAUAAACCGUUAAUAAAAAGCAUCGUAGAUUUAACAAGUGACAGCGCGCAGCAUAUAGGGUCAGUAAAAGUUGUUAUGUUUUUUAAAUUCAUAUGUACAUACAGAGGCAUACAUAGAAUAAUGUUAAAAUUUUUUUUGUUUUUAAUGACUCUUUAAGUCCGGAUUUGCACUCAAAUGUAUCUGGCAGCUCUUCUACAUCUGCAGUAAAUGUCUCUGGACAUACGGGGGGCAAAGAUUUAAUUGGAAAACAGAUAAAGCCAAAAGGAAAAUCCCAGCCGGAUGUUCUAGAAAAUGCCAUUUGUAAAGUUACUUCUUUAUUAGAGAACAGAUGUGCUCCAGUUUUUUCAUCGCCGUCAUCUCUAAAGCCGGAAAUAGAAGUAGAUUUGGCAUUUUGUCAAUUAAUACUUUCAUUAUUUAUCAGUAUGCCCCAAUGUGCAAAGGCAGACAAAAUGAAAGAAAUAAUGCGUAUUUUAUUUGAUUAUUAAUUGCUAUAUCUUAUAUGACAUUCUACUUUUUUUAUAUGAUAUAUAAUUAUUAGUAAUAAGUUAAAUAUUUUAAUGCAACAUGUAAUAAUUAUGGUACGUCAUUUUAAGUUAAUUUUUAUAAUGCAACAUGUGAUAAUCAUGGUACGUUAUUUUAAGUUUAUUUUUAUAAUGCAACAUGUGAUAAUUAUGGUACGUUAUUUUAAGUUUAUUUUUAUAAUGCAACAUGUGAUAAUCAUGGUACGUUAUUUUAAGUUUAUUUUUAUAAUGCAACAUGUGAUAAUUAUGGUACGUUAUUUUAAGUUUAUUUUUAUAAUGCAACAUGUGAUAAUCAUGGUACGUUAUUUUAAGUUUAUUUUUAUAAUGCAACAUGUGAUAAAUAGUGAUACAUGUUAAGUUAUUUUUUUAUGUAACAUGCAAUUAUUACUGAUAAGAUAUAUUAAUUUUUAAUGCAACACAUGUGAUAAUUAGUGGUACAUGUUAUGUUUAUUUCUUUUAUGCAAUAUGUAACGAGUGACACAAAAUGUUAUAUUUAUUUUUUUUAUGCAAUGUAAUAAAUCGUUUUAUUAUAACAUAAGCAUAUGUUUACAUAAAUAUAUAUAUUUAAUUUUCAA